GAACAAGAUCUCUUAAUUCUUCUUUCUUGUUGGAUUUAGAUCAGUGUGGGGGACUGUUAAGAAUUGCAAGCAUGGCUGAUACCGUUGAAGAGCCUCACCUGCAGAAUGCGACAGCAUCCACUGAUUCCAAAGUCGACGAACAUCCGACCCCGAUACCAUUGGCCGACCACGAUCCCAAAUCUACAGACGAAAUUCAAUCGGAGGUGAAGGCGGAGGAAAUACAAUCGGAAGUAAAGGCGGAUGAAUUGGAAGCAGUGGUAAGCGAUGAGAAGGCGAAGGAAUUGGAAGCAGUGGUAAUCGAUGAGAAGGCGAAGGAAUUGGAACCGGUGGAAAGGGAGCCGGAGUUACCACAUGUGGAUCUGUCGCCGCCGGAGGAGAAGCAGAUCGGAUCUACGGAAGAGGGGGAUCAGGGAAGAAGCCAGCAGCAGGCGGCGGUGAUGAAGAAAGAGGAUGCAGGAAACAGGACAUUUACAAUGAGAGAGCUUCUGAGCGAACUAAAAAGCGAUGAAGGAGAUGGCACCCCUCGCAGUACUGUUUCCCCCUAUAGCCGAGAGAGUGCAUCUCAAGCAGCAGCGGAGAACAAUCCUGCAAUGGAUCUGAUAAACAGGAUCCAAGUCAACGACGAAGAAGGCCGAUCUCGCCAGCGUGUUCUUGCUUUUGCUGCCCGCAAGUAUGCUAGUGCGAUUGAGAGAAAUCCAGAUGAUCAUGAUGCUUUAUACAACUGGGCACUUAUUCUCCAGGAAAGUGCUGAUAAUGUCAGCGCAGAUUCUGUUUCACCAUCUAAAGAUGAUUUGCUUGAGGAAGCUUGUAAAAAGUACGAUGAGGCUACCCGUCUCUGCCCUACGCUCUAUGAUGCAUACUACAACUGGGCUAUCGCAAUCUCUGAUAGAGCUAAGAUGCGUGGUCGCACAAAGGAAGCUGAAGAAUUAUGGGAACAGGCAACCAACAACUAUGAAAAGGCUGUCCAGCUCAACUGGAACAGUUCCCAGGCCUUAAACAACUGGGGACUGGCGUUGCAGGAACUCAGCCAAAUUGUUCCUGCUAGAGAGAAGGAAAAAGUGGUCAGAACUGCAAUUAGCAAGUUUAGGGCGGCAAUCAGGUUGCAGUUUGAUUUCCAUCGAGCCAUAUACAACCUCGGAACCGUUCUGUAUGGAUUAGCAGAAGACACACUUAGAACCGGGGGUUCAGGAAACGGAAAAGACAUUCCUCCGGGUGAGUUAUACAGCCAAUCAGCCAUCUACAUCGCUGCAGCUCAUUCCUUGAAGCCAAGUUAUUCGGUUUACAGCAGCGCUUUGAGGCUCGUUCGUUCCAUGCUACCUCUACCUCAUCUUAAGGUUGGAUAUCUAACGGCACCACCUGUGGGAAACUCACUCGCUCCUCACAGUGAUUGGAAACGCACGGAGUUUGAACUCAAUCACGAGAGGCUUCUUCAGGUACUGAAACCUGAAGCAAGAGAAAUGGGGAGAAACCUGUCUGGAAAAUCAGAAGCAAUGAGCACAAGCGUGGAGAAGAAGACGGUAAAAGUGAAUAUAGCAGAGAUAGUGUCAGUGACGCCAUGUGCUGAUCUGACUCUACCUCCUGGUGCUGGUCUCUGCAUUGAUACCGUUCAUGGCCCAGUUUACUUGGUAGCAGAUUCAUGGGAGUCGUUGGAUGGAUGGCUGGAUGCGAUACGGUUGGUGUACACAAUUUAUGCGAGAGGGAAGAGUGAUGUUUUAGCCGGUAUUAUUACCGCUUAAUCACCACACUUUCUUUCUUUUUUCAUCCUUUGCCUCUCCUUUUUUUUAUGAUCAUAUAUAGUUCUGCCUUUGUAUUGACAUCACCAUAGCCAGCCAGAUGUUUUGAUUUUGUUUUGCAUGAAUUCCCAUUUUAAUACAAUCUUUUCUUUUCCCCAUGGAACUUCG